AUGAUUCAUUCUCGUUCCUCAAGUGGUGCUAGUAGCAACACGACCUCAUCUUCUCUUGUUGGCAGUACCGAAUCCUCACCUAAAACUCCUAAAUCAUCACCGUCAUCUUUAGUUUCGAAUGGAGUUUAUUAUAAAAUUCAACCUUGUUCGAAAUGUUGGAAGAAAGCAGAAGAAUAUCAAGAAUCAACUUGUUUUUGCAAGGAAUGUGAUUUGUAUCUAUGUAAAUUCCAUACAAAAACACAUUUAAAGAAGUGCUCACAUCAUCACAUCUUUCCUCAUGAUUCGGUUCAGAAUAGUUUAGUUUCUCCCUUGAGUUUAAAUACAAUUUCGCCCUCUCAGCAUCAACCCUCACCACUUUCUGCCCGAAAGAAACCUCCCAAAUGUAUUCUCCACUCAGUAGCUAUCAAUACUGUCUGCAAAACUUGCCAAUCAUUAAUUUGUGCUGCUUGUUCUGUUGAUUCGCAUAAGGGACAUGAUAUUUUCCUAAUUGAGAAUAUAGAAGCUGAAGAAAAAUUGAAAAUGACACAAGAAUUGAGUGAAUUGGAAAAUAGUGUGAAUGAAUGGGAGAGUAUGCAUGGUUUGGAACCAAACAAGACGAAUGAUCAAUGUCAAUUCUAUUUAAACAAGAUUUCUAAAAUGAAAUUGAGGAUGAAACAGCAAUCGAAUGAAUUUUAUGAGAAUGUACAAAGAGUAGUGAGGGAGAAACAAGAGAAAUUGAACGAAAGCAUUGAGAAGAAAUGUUUGGAAUACGAAAUGAUAGUCAGAGAAAUUGCAACAUUGAAGAAGGAUGUGAAAUUGUUGUAUUUGGAGUUUGCUAGUUUAUCAGACAUGUCAGGAUAUGAAUUAUUGGAAAGGAAACACCGAAAAUAUUACAAAACGCUUCAAGAAUUUGAGAAAAUCAAGUUGUUGUUUCAGUUUACUGACAUUUCAGAUUUAUAUGAGAAUCAACUCAUGGAUUUGAGUGAAAUUGUCGAGGAAAUUCGAACAGAGUUGGAGCAUUUCUCUUCUGUUUCGAAUAUCAUGAAGAGAAGAGUCAUUCCUCGAACAAUCGCUUAUUCUCACUCUCUGGAACAACAAGAAAAUGAAAAGAACAAUCUCUCCAAUCCAUACGAUGUCAAAAUCUCUCACCUCUUAAAUGUUCUCUUAGUGAGCGACUAUUUCAAUAGUAGAAUAAUGGUUUACGAUUUGAAAACAAAGAAAUUUAAAGGAUCCAUCAAGACCUUCUUCAGACCUCAUUGUUUGUAUAUUAUUGAGGAAGAUAUAAGAGGUGAUGCAGUUUCCUCUCCAAAGAGUCCUUCCUCUGCAUCAUCUAGAACGAGCAUCUUCAUUGGAUCCAACGAUCGUUCAGUUUACAAGUUCAAUUUGGAACAAUUAUUGAAAAUUUCAAUCAUUGACAAACAAUCUCAAUUUUACGAAUGGAAACAAUCAAGUGGAAUAAUUUCCUAUCCAAGUGGAAUGACAUUUUGUAAAAAUUCCAAACUGCUAUUUGUAUGUGAUUACAAUAAUAAUUGCAUUCACUUGUUGAAUUCACAAACUGGUCAACCAAUUCACAGACUCGAUCAAUCAACUUGUGGUAUAAACUUUAGCUCUCCAUGGGGAAUAGACAUGACACUGAAUGGUGAUUUAAUAGUGAGUGAAACAGGUUCGAAUAAGAUUCAAAUCUUUAAACUUUCCAUCACACCAGAAUCUCCACUUGCAACUGGAGUCAAUUUCAAGAAUAAUUAUCAAGCCGAGUUGAAAUAUUCAUUUGGAAAGAGUGGUAGCUCAAUUGGGGAAUUCAAUUUUGUGAGAGGACUGUUGUAUGAUAAGGUUUCUAGACAAUUAUUGAUUUGUGAUUCGUCCAAUAAGAGAAUCGAAUUAUUUGACGAAAGUGGCGGAUAUUUACAUAGUUUCAAAAGUGAACAUUUACAAGGACCUUAUGGAAUGUGUAUGAAUGAAGUGAAUAAUGAGCUUUACGUUGCUGAUUAUUCCAAGAAAAAAGUUCAUAUCUUUAAUGUGACAUAA